CGACCCAUUUUUAAAUCAUACCUAAUGCAUGUGCAAUUCAGAGGCUGAAAAUUGACUACUCAGGCCUGCCGCCCGAUCAAGCCUUGAAAAGUAAUUUGAAAUCUCAUCUUCCAGCUAGAAAUUCAUAGUUUACAGACCCACGCUUCGUCUCAAUUCUAAGCCUGAGGAUUUUUUAUUUAUAUGGGUGUGUUAGGCGUGUUAUUUGAGGUAUCAGUUGGAAGUUUCUGUUGUAGCCAUGGAUUGAAUAGUAUAUGAAAUUUAUACUUGCUUCAGCAGGUUCCAGCAUUUUCAAUCAUUUGAGUCCAGAGCAGAAUCCAUAUGCAAGCAAAAGUUUUUGUCUGAUUAGUCUGAGGAGUUGGGUUUUACCUGCAAAAUACCUUAAAUACUUAGUUCCACAAGGAUGACAUUAGAUAUGAUGAAAUACCUGAUUGGGGCACCAGGGCCCAGUGGCUAUGGCUCCAAAUCCACUGCAGAAGAUGUCACAGCUGACUGCUGCCUCCAUUCUUUCACUGCAAUAAUUACAGGUGCCACUUCUGGCAUUGGUGCUGAAACUGCCAGAGUGUUAUCAAAACGAGGAGCAAGAGUGAUAAUACCCGCAAGAAAUCUCAAGGCAGCUCAUGAUGUGAAAUCACUUAUUGAGAGAGAGACUCCUACAUCACAAAUAAUAGUCAUGGAGCUCGACCUCAGCUCCUUUACGUCUAUAACAAGAUUUGCCAGAGAGUUCUUGAGCCUGGGUUUACCACUCAAUAUUCUUAUAAACAAUGCUGGUAAAUUUUGCAAUAAGUUUCAGUUAUCAGAGGAUGGUUAUGAGAUGACGUUUGCAACAAACUAUUUGGGUCACUUUCUUUUGACAAAGCUGCUGCUAGAUAGAAUGAUUCAGACCGCUUAUGAAACAGGGAUUCAAGGAAGAAUUGUAAAUGUCUCAUCUUCCAUUCAUGGAUGGGUUAGCCGGAAAGGAAUUCAACUUCACCAACUUAACAAUCCAAAAAUAUACCAUCCUAGGCGUGCAUAUGCUCAAUCCAAACUUGCAAACAUUCUACACACAAACGAACUUGCUGAGAGGCUCAAGGAAAUGAAGGCCAAUGUGACUGCAAAUUCUGUCCAUCCAGGAAUAGGAAGAACAAGAAUCACAAGAGAUUGCGAAGGGCGUAUUACAGAUUUGGUUUUCUUCCUAGUAUCGAAGUUUCUCAAAUCAAUUCCUCAAGCUGCAUCGACAACUUGCUAUGUUGCAAUUCAUGGGCAGUUGCAGAACAUAUCAGGAAAAUAUUUCGCAGAUUGCAAUGAAGAAUGCCCUUCUGAUUUAGCCAGAGAUAGUUCUAAAGCCAAGGAGCUCUGGGAAGCCAGCCAAGACAUGACAAAAUCGUACCUGUAAAUUCUCACUGUAAAGCGAAAGUUAUAACAAUAAAAUAAACUUAAAAAAUAUAGGAAAUGUCUCUUUCUCACAGCGAGCAUACCAAUAAACAUCCCAACAGACCGAGUCUUUGAAUCACUGAAUACUCUGCUGAAAAGUUUGGUUGUUCAUAGUUAAUUUGUAAAUCAAUCCUAACCAUGAUUUAAUAAAUACUGGCUGAACAUUUUGCGGCCACACUUAAACUAAUGUUUUCGAAAAUCAGUCAGCCUGUCUAAUUUCUGCUGUAUUUUUUUGGCUGUUUACCUAAAGAAGAUUUGCAGAGCUUCC